AUGUCGUCCGUCGUCGAGUCCGCCGAUGCGCCGUCGACGUACCGCGACUCGCGCGCCACGGCCUCGCGCGCCAGCCAGUUCGACGCGCUGGCAAAGACGAGCACGCUGUACGUCGGCAACCUCAGCUUCUACACGACCGAGGAGCAGAUGUACGAGCUCUUUGGCCGCGUCGCGCACCCGGCGCAGGGCGGCGGCAUCCGGCGCAUCAUCAUGGGCCUCGACCGCAUGGCCAAGACGCCGUGUGGGUUCGCGUUUGUUGAGUACUACACGCACGCCGAGGCGCUCUCGUGCAUGCGGCACAUCAGCGGCACGAAGCUCGACGAGCGCGUGAUCCGCUGCGACCUCGACCCGGGCUACGUCGACGGGCGGCAGUACGGGCGCGGGCGCAGCGGCGGCCAGGUGCGCGACGAGUACCGGCAGGAGUACGACGCCGGUCGCGGCGGCUGGGGCCACUUGCGUCUGCAGGAAGAGGAGGAGCGGCUACGGCGCGAGCGCGAGCGCCGCGAGGAGCACGAGGGCCUCUACCGCGAG